AUGGAUCUCAGCAACGCCGAAAAGGGCUCCAAAAAUGAUCAACCUCUGGCAGACGUGGCCGCCGGUCAGAGCGAGGAUCUCCUCGGCCUGCAGGACCUGGACACGGCCCUGAACAUGAAGAUGCACCUGGUGAAUGAUGCGAUUGAUGAGAUUGGUUGGACUCGGUAUCACUGGAAAUUAUUUGCUCUCAAUGGCUUUGGUUAUGCUGUAGACUCGCUCGUCCUGCUCCUCCAAUCGGUCAUUGCGUCGCAGGCUUUCAAGGAACUCGGCCCCACGGGCUACUCGGCAGGUCUGACCAUCGCCGUCUACGUUGGCAUGUUGUGCGGCGCGAUAUUUUGGGGACUGAGUGCAGAUAUGGUAGGAAGAAGAUGGGCGUUCAAUAUUUCGCUGUUCAUAUGCUCGGCGGCCGCGAUCGUUGCAGGUGCUGCUCCCAGUUGGCCCUCGCUUGGCUUCUUCAUUGCCAUGGUCGGGUUUGGAGGAGGUGGAAAUCUAAUCUUGGAUACCACCGUAUUCUUGGAGUACCUGCCAUCACACAAGCAGUGGGUGCUCACUUUCCUUGCAUGCUGGUGGGGAUUCGGGCAAGCCAUCACCGGUUUCAUCGCCUGGGGAUUCUUGGUGCCCGAGCGAUGGAACUGCGCCUCGGCAGAUGACUGUCCUCGCGAUUCCAACUGGGGUUGGAGGUAUACCAUGUUCACAGCCGGCGCUUUGGUCUUUGUCCUGUCGGUCCUGCGCGUGACCGUCAUACGGCUCAAGGAGACGCCCAAGUAUCUUCUGGGCAGAGGCGAGGAUGCCGCUCUUGUCGAGUCCCUCCACAGCAUCGCAACAAAGUACAAUAAGCCAUGUUCUCUCACCGUUGAGAAGCUAGAGUCAUGUGGCAGGGUCCGGUCUGCCGACCGUGACAGUGGCUUCUCGGCAGGGGCAGCCGCUGUUCACCUGAGAGGCCUCUUUAGCACUCGACAGCUUGCCCUGUCGACCUUGCUCAUCUGGCUAUCGUGGACCCUCAUUGGUCUAGCAUAUCCUCUAUUUUACGUCUUCCUCAACAAAUAUCUAGAGAGCCGGGGUGCCACGGCUGGCGUCAGCACAUACGAUACAUGGCGCAACUAUGCCCUGACCAACAUCUCCGGCAUCUUUGGUCCCAUGCUGGCCGCGUGGUUGUGCGAGCGCCGGAUCCUUGGCCGUCGGUACACCAUGGUCAUUGGCGCACUGGUGACCAUGGCCUUUUUCUUUGCCUACACGGCAGUGAAAACCCCAGCCCAAAACGUUGGCUUUAGCUGUGCCAUUGGCUUUUGCCUGAACAUCUAUUACGGCACGUUAUACGCGUACACCCCCGAGGUUCUGCCUAGCGCCCACAGAGCCACGGGCAACGGUGUAGCCGUUGCGUGUAAUCGCGUCAUGGGUAUCAUAUCAGCCGUUGUCGGAACGACAGCCAACACGUCCACGUCGGCCCCCAUCUACGUGUGUGCCGCACUCUUCAUAGGCAUGGCUGCCGUCAGCGCGUCUUUUCCCUUUGAACCCUACGGCCGCCGAAGCAGUUGA